CCUAAUCAAGCGUUCGGCAUGCAUAGAUAGUUGAAACGAGCGGUAAUGCUUCUCCAACAUCCACAGUCUCGUUGCUUGCAUGCGCGCGCAAGUAGGCACACGCGCCGCAGCCCAUUUAGACCAUCUACAACAUAUCGCAAGCGGUCAUGGCAAUUAGCAGCGGAGGCGGACGACGGUGCGGCGCAGGGCCCGGACAUCGACCAGUUGGCGCGGCUUCUCUCGCAGCAGGCAGCUGCGCUGCGCUCGUCAAUUAGCGACGAUGAGUUGCGGAAGUCAUAUGACGGAUACGAGGACACGCCCAGAGGUGGCGCGUUCGGUCUCCAGGCCCAGCAGCUUGAGACGCGUGUGUUCACGGAGAUCGGGCCGGGCUUCUUCGACAGCGACGACUUCGAGGUGCUGCAGCAGCUGGGGCGCAUCAGCGUCAUGCGGGACACGGGCACGUCCGUGGAGGGGGUGACGGCGGUCAUUGCCUACGCCGCCAAGUUCCUGCCGCGGCUGCCCAUGCAGCGCUCCAUCACCGUGCUGCUCAAGGAGUACCUGCCUGUGGCCCGUGCGGUGGCCUACAACGAGCUGUUGGUGCUGUCCAAGCUGUGCGGCCUGCCCGAGGACCAGUACUCGGCUGCAAACCGGCCCACCACGCGCUCUCCGCCCAUCGUGCCGCUACUGGGCUACUUCGUGUCGGCGCCCACGGAGGAGGCGGCGCUGCUGUCCAUGGACGCAGAGGCGGACAGCGUGUGGCUGGUGUACAGGUGGGACGGCAUGAAGCCACUCAACAUGUAUUUGUCUGACGUGCGGCCGCCGGAGGGGCGGGCAGGCUUCUUCAAAAAGAAGGAGGUGGCUGACGCGGAGGCCUGGCGCGCGCGGCACGCCAUGCUGCGCUCCCUGGCCCGCGCGCUGGUGGGCGCCGUGGCGUACUGCCACUCGGCGGGUGUGGUGCACGGCUCGCUGUCCACCGGCACCGUGUUCGUGAGCUCCACCGAUGACGCCGACGCAGAGGAGCUGUUCGUGAAGCUCGACAACUUUGGCUUUGGCCGCCUGGACCGGACCGGCACGUCGCCGCUGGGGCUGGCCACGCCGCAGCUGCCGGGCCAGGACCUGGACGCCGCCGCGCCGCGGGAGGGCCGCCGCUUCGACCUGCAGGCCACUGCGCUGACGCUGCUGGAGGUCUUCUCCGCCGGCACCGCCACCAGCCCCGCGGGGGCGCUGCCGCGGCCCACCCUCACCCGGCUGCUGUUCGAGAUCUACUCGGACGACGUGGCGGCGCUGCGCAGCUACUGCGCGGACGACCCCGCCCUGGCCGAGCUGGUGGCGUUCCUGGACGGCGGCGAGGGCGGCGACAAGGCGGGGUGGGACCUGGUGGCGGCGCUGGUGCGGGGCGUGCGGCCGGCGGAGGAGCUGGUGCUGCACCCCUUCCUCACGCGCGCGUAGAGAUGUGCGUUUUUGUGUGUGUGGAGGGGGAGAGGUGAGGGAGGUGUGUGGAAGGGGUGCGCGUGAUGGGGGCGGUAGGUGUGCGGCCUCGUGAGGCUGUUGGAGUUUUGACGGAUGUGUGGCGUGGUGUACGGACGGGAGUGGCUGUGGCCCUUAAGCCCAUUGAUGGAGGUUAAGGCCGUGGCCACGGGAAGCAGGUGGGAGGGGCGGUGUGAGGCUGUGGGCAUGCCAGGUGGCCAUGUCACCGUGAGGCCGUCCUGUGCGGCGCUUCCGCGCUUGCGUGCUGUGAGGCCCCGGGCCCCGCUGACUUGUAGUGCCGCACCUCGGCUGCAAAUGCCGUCCUG